AAAAUGAUCGAUGGAAAUUCUGUUGAUCAACACUACAUAUAAAAAAUUAUGGAUUUAUGCGAUAUAGGAUGUGAUAAGAGGAGGAAAAGAGAAAAAAGUGUUUAAUGGGUAUAAUGAAUGAAAUAGUGGUAAAUGUGUAUGAUUAUGGCUGUUAAUUUACUUGCUUCUCAACACUCUGUCACUGUUAUGUGAGAUCAAAAGGCUAUCUUUCCUGUUUCUUGCACAGUAUCGGACGCUGCCCAUGUCUACUUCUGUAAAAUCCCGAGUGCGACGAUGGACAACCUUUGAUCGAAACAUAAUUGAUACGAAUGCAUUUAAUUUUGCUCAUCUGUGUGAAUUUGUUGGUACAGAUGUUUGUAUUGUUGGCGUUGCUCGGACGCCAAUGGGCGGUUUGCUUGGCUCCCUAUCAUCUCUUUCUGCAACAGAGUUAGGCUCAAUUGUUAUUAAGAUUGAUUACGAAUAUGCAGAUGCUCUCAAGAGAGCAAAUGUUGAUCCUUCGCUUGUGCAAGAGGUGUUCUUUGGGAAUGUUCUUAGUGCAAAUUUAGGGCAGGCUCCUGCAAGACAGGCUGCACUAGGUGCAGGAAUACCAACAUCUGUAAUCUGCACCACUAUUAACAAGGUGUGUGCAUCAGGGAUGAAAGCUACCAUGCUUGCAGCACUGACCAUACAAUUCGGUCUCAACGAUAUUGUUGUGGCUGGUGGUAUGGAAAGCAUGUCAAAUUCACCUAAGUACCUUGCCACAGCCAGGAAAGGAUCUCGGUAUGGACACGAUACUAUCAUUGAUGGUAUGGUCAAAGAUGGCCUUUGGGAUGUCUAUAAUGACUUUGGAAUGGGAGCUUGUGCCGAACUAUGUGCAGAUCAACAUGUCAUAACAAGAGAUGAGCAGGACUCUUAUGCUAUUCAAAGCUUUGAGAGAGGAAUAUCUGCACAAAAGGCUGGUCAUUUUGCUUGGGAGAUAGUUCCGGUUGAGGUUUCCAGUGGAAGAGGGAAGCCUUCCACGUUUGUUGAUAGAGAUGAAGGUUUGGGAAAGUUUGAUGCUGCAAAAUUAAGGAAGCUUCGACCGAGCUUUAAACAGGUUGGGGGUUCUGUGACUGCUGGCAAUGCUUCUAGCAUAAGUGAUGGUGCUGCUGCAUUAGUGCUAGUGAGUGGAAAGAAGGCACUUGAGCUUGGAUUGCACGUAAUUGCAAAGAUAAAAGGAUAUGGGGAUGCAGCUAAGGCACCCGAAUUAUUUACAACUGCUCCGGCCCUUGCAAUACCAAAAGCCAUAUCAAAUGCUGGCCUUGAGGCUUCUCAAAUAGAUUACUAUGAAAUAAAUGAAGCUUUUUCUGUUGUGGCUCUUGCAAAUCAGAAGCUUCUUGGUCUUAAUCCUGAAAAAGUUAAUGCACAUGGUGGAGCUGUAUCAUUGGGUCAUCCCUUGGGUUGCAGUGGAGCUCGAAUCUUAGUCACAUUAUUAGGGGUAUUGAGACAGAAGAGAGGGAAGUAUGGUGUUGCCGCCAUCUGCAAUGGGGGAGGAGGAGCAUCUGCUCUUGUCCUUGAGCUCAUGCCAGUUGCUGUGGGACGUUCUUUAUUAUGACAACGAUCUCCUUGCAUCUUACUACUUUGCAACCCCAAUAAUACAACCAUUUUCUCUUGAAAAGGACAAAAUAUGUAAUAAGCUUGGUCAAUGGAAGAAAUUGUUUCAAUGUAACUGUUUGUAGUUAUCAUGUUAAUAUUAAUAAAAAGAUAAUUUUAAAUAUGA